AUGCAGCCUGUCAACCUCAGAGUCAUAAAAUCACUCUCUGGCCUGCGCGAUUUACAAUGCAGCUACAACUUGCAUAUCAAUUUCUCAAAUCCUGCGACUGCGACACAUCUCUUCCGGAAUCUCAAAUCACCAAUCACUCAGUCCACGAUUCCACGGCCUGUGCGCAAGCUCGUUUUCUCCGCCGAUCGGACCUCUCUCCAACUCGGCGGUUUCAUGUCUGCAAACUGCGGGUCCAAGACGCCUUCAAUCUUGACUUGGAGACUGCUUUGUCCUGGAGUUGUCUCCGGCCGAGUGGCUGGAAAUGUCAACCACAGUGCUCCGUAG